UUUCAGGUUGAGAAUUGCAAUAGGUUAUGAAAUAAUAGGGGAGAUAUGUAAUGAAGCAAGAUAACCUUAAGUUUUAGAAGCACAGAUAUAAACAAGGACAACCAUCUGGAAAACAGAAACACACCUUCUUCUCCACAUGGAGCUUAUGGAAAGGGAAUAGUGUCCAGGGCCCAUCUCUGAGUCCUCGAUUGGAAUAGUAAAAACAAAGGAGGAAGUGAGGUAAAGAGACAACAACGAAACCCAGAGAGAAACUCAACCUCUGAUCUCAAUUGAAUCUGGAAGUUCUUAUGUAAGAGGGCGUAUAGAAUCUCACUGGUUUCUACUCGUGGAACAUAUGCCAACUCUAUCUCCAUUGGAUGCCAAGGAAAACCCUGAGUUCCCAGCACUUCUCAGGAUGUUUCAUGCCCCAGUGCAGCUCGACAAGCUGCUGUACCGGCUGCUACUGCCCUGUGGAAGCAGCUUCAUUAAAGAUUUUGGUGGAGUUCAGGUGCUGACAACAGGAAAAUCGACUGGUAUGGAAAUAGAUUUCAAAUAUGCCGUCAUUGGAACUACACUGGGAAUCGUUAUCUCUAUUGGUUUUCUAGCACUAAAGAUCUGUAUGAUCAGAAAGCAUAUGUUUGAUAAUGAUUCCUUAGAUACAACCUCCCGAAGAAAGAACAACACGAGAUCCAACUUGAAUUCUUCUGACAGAGAUGCUCAAGUGAUUGAACUCUAACCGGCAGCUGUUUUCUGAUAGUGUGUGAUUGGCUUGGACAAGACAUGUUACUACUGUUCCCAUGGGUGCCUGUGAAUUGGCACAGAAGUUUAACAUUCAAGGCUGUUAAUUCACCAGGGACUGAAGACAACAUGUUUACUGACAGAGACAAAUGAGUAGAGGAAGAGAUUCCUAAGUGCAUUUGCUCCUUACAAAAAAAUAAUAGUAAUAAAGAGGAAGUACUUUCCUUCCUAGAUGAGAA